AUGCCGACAGAGGUUGCGGAAGUCGCGAGUUCCCACUCGAACAAGGAGCUGGUGGGUCAACUCAUCAGCCACGGUGGCUGCUCGGCAAGCUCAGCGUCAGGGGGUUCGUCCGGUGGGGGUGCUAUGAGCCGUCUUGUGACGUUUGUCGACAAUGACGGCGCAACCUCAACGACGUACAGUAUAUCAGAGAACGGUGGGCUUGAUUCCCCGCCUCAAGCGACCCGCAUCUCCUUCGACAUGCUUGGGGUGGUUGGGUUGUCGGAGGACAUGCUGGCGGAGCUGUACGAGGCCUUUGAUGUGCACCAGCGCGGCGGUGUGGAACGCUCCCUGAUGCGUGAGUUGAUGAAAACCGGCUUCUCCAACUACGGCGCGCCGCGUGGCGACAAGGAAAUUGACCGUCUCUUUGAGCACAUCACGCCGUACAAUGUCCGCCGCCGGUUGAAGGAAGGCAAGGAUGAGGAUGAUCUGAUGCCAUUCAACGAGUUCUGUGCGGUUUUUCUCUCUUGGUUGCGGCUUUAA